AUGGGACCCCAGCCCACGAUCGAAGACCUGGACCAGAUGUUCGAAGAGCACCCUUCUUUAGACGCAUCUCUGCAAGACUUCGAGCCGACAAGCAGCGAGAUAGGCCAAUCGCCCCGCUUCGGAUACCCUUCCCAUCACUCUGGCUUCCUCUCAGACACAGGCUCGGAGAUGGCAGACUCGGUUUCGGGAGGCAGAUACAGCCCGCCGGCAUGGAGACGCGACGGAAACGGCAAUCGAAGCAGCGGCUUCUGGAAUAGAUCGAUGCUGGGCAAGCGCAGUAGGGAGGAUUCGAGAGAGAGCAGUCCGGAAUAUGAGAGCGCGGAUGAUGGGGAGGAUGCCACAUUAGCUGCUGCUGCGCGGACAAGGCUACCAACUGGAUCGAUGUCGCCGGAUAAGCAGAGAAGUCCGAGUCCUGGUCCUUAUCCGCAAGGUUCAGAAGACUUUGGUAGAACCUUUGGGGGUGUAGUCAAGCAGGAGCAAGAUGCAGUACAAUCAGCAGAGAAUGCCAAUAACUACAUUCGAUUCGCUGUCAGAGCAGAAGUUCAACAUCGAACAGAGCCAUUUGAAGCAGCGUUUUCUUUCAUCAAAACGAGAUUUACCACCAUGACGAAAUCGUGGACGUCCUUGGCGACUUCAAUUCUUGUUGCUCUUCUCUCAUUCCUAGCUUUGCAAAGACUCUUCCAACCUAGCGACCCGCCCCCGGUUCCAGACUUGGUCAAAGUUGCAGGUCUUGCUAAGGCUUUCGAACCGCUCAUAUUCUAUUCGGAGAAUGGUGUACAACAAGUUGGUGAUCUCCAAGCUACUGGGGUGGCUGUAUGGGAUCUUGGAGAGAGUGUACGAUCAACGAAUAUGACCUCCGCUCCUAUUAUAGUGAAGGAGUUGGAUGGAUUAAGUGAGAGUCUUAAGACGUUGGCUAUUGAACUGACGAGAUUUUUUGCGAAUGUGGAUGGUGAUGUUGAUGGGAUUUUAAUUGUAAUGGAUUGGGCGAGACGAGAGCUCUCUCAACUUCAACUUCUACCACCGUCACCUAUGACAUCCGCAUUUGAUAACGUACACACGUUGUUGACUAAAUGUGGAGUCCUCGAGACCCCAUCUGGAACGCCAACAAGAGUUGGUACAUUAACUACCUCUAUCUUUGGACUGUCUUCGCAACAACGAACACGCCAAACCCUUCAACGCACAUUUACCGAGUUUCUCUCCGUCCUCGAAGAGUCCAUCAAUUCAGAACUGACCCACUCCCUAGCCCUCUUCUCCCUCUUCGAAGCCAUCGAUCGCCAAUUUGGCAAUCUAGCCCGCACUGUCGCCCGCGAAUCCGACGCCCAGGACUCAGCACAGGACGACUUGCUCUCGUCGCUUUGGACCAAAUUGCUUGGCCCCAACGCAAACACCCUCCACAAAUUCGAAAAGAACAAGAAACUUCUCAGCAACAUCCGCUCCAAGACCGUGCAGAACAAAAACAUUCUGGAGGAUCACAACCGCAAACUCCUGAUGCUCAAAGCCAACCUAGAGAAUCUGAGGCGCAAGCUGGUUAGUCCGCUUGUGAGAGCAAAUGGUAGUACGUUGGGCAUUGAGGACCAGAUUAGGGGGCUCGAAGAGGUCAGUGGGUAUCUGGGUGGUGUGCGGGAGAAGCAGAAGACGAAGUUGAUGGAGUAUCUUUAUGGGGCUGGAAGUAAUAGUGCGCGGAGGAUUGCAGGGGUUGAAAGAGGUGAGAUGGAUGGGUAUUGGGAGCGGUGA